AUGCCGCGCAUCCUCCGUGCCUCGCUCCGUCCCAAUGCCGGCGUCCUCCUCGUCCUAGGCGGCAGCGCUGCCGGUGGCUUCGGGUACCGCUACUGGGCCAGCUCGAAAGACGCGUCCACCGCCGAAUCCUCGACCCUGCACCCGCUACGCUUCGCACACUAUGGCAUCGCCGACAAGACACCCGUUUCUUCCACAAGCAGCCUCUUCACAUUACGCGCGCGCGACGCCGAGGCGACGGCACAGCAGGACCUGCAGGACGUGUGGGCGCGCUGCGUGUGGAGCGUCGAGGCGAAGCAGCCGCAGCUGCAGAUCGCGCGCGCGUACACACCUUUGCCUCCGUCCUCGUCCUCGUCUUCCGCCGACACGGAUGGCACCGAUUCCACGCAGUUUCGCUUCCUAAUACGCCGCGAGCGCGGCGGUGAGGUGUCCAACUACUUGCACCGCCUGCCGCCCGACGCCACCGUCGAGCUGCGCGGCCCGCACGUCGAGUUUGAGAUCCCGGACGAUGUCAGCGAGGUGCUGUUCCUGGCGGGCGGAACGGGCAUCGCGCCCGCAUUGCAGGUGGCGCGGGCGUUGCAGAUGAGAGGGCGGGAGGCGAAGAUGCGGAUAUUAUGGGCCAAUAGGAGGAGAGAGGAUUGCGUUGGUGGUAGGAGCGAUACGGAGGCUACACAAGGAACUGCUGGGUGGAGAAGCUGGUUGGGGUGGGGCAGGGUAGAGCAAAAGGCGGAUGUUGAGCCCGUCGGUGGUGAGAAGGGUGUCAUUGUGCGCAAGAUUGACGCUCUCAAGCAACGCGCGAGCCCUGACCAACGGCUUGCUGUGGAUUACUUUGUCGACGAGGAAAAGACCUUCAUCCAGCCGUCUCAAGUUGCGCAGCAUCUGCAAGAGGCGAGCAAGUCCAGAGGGAAAAGACCCGGAUCACGACUCAUCUUGAUCUCUGGUCCUGAAGGAUUCUUGGACUACUGGGCUGGUCGGAAAAUAUGGGCCGAGCAAGGAGAAGUCCAAGGCCCACUCAGAGGCGCCCUCUCCAAGAUGGACCUUGAAGACUGGAGAGUAUGGAAACUCUGA